AUGCUUGGUGUAGCUAUCCUGAUGCACCCCAGAACCAAGAGAUAGAUUAGUAGAGUGGUUAGGUCCUAUAUCGCUUGUCUAGAAAGAUACACACAUCUCCCCUCUGGAGGUAUGGGUUCUCAGUCUGGGGUUUGUGACCACUCUGUUCUUCCCAUAUUAGGAAGUGGAAGAGUGAUUCGAGCUACAUCCUCCCGAGAUGGGAAGGGGUUCCUGGUAUGGAAAAAACUGAGAACUACUUCUCUAGUGAGCAGGGCCCUGGACUGGGAGUUAGAAGCAUGUACCGGCAUUGAAAAUAUUGAUGAAGCUAUUACGUUACUUGAACAAAAUAACUGGGAUUUAGUGGCAGCUAUAAAUGGUGUAAUACCACAAGAAAAUGGCAUUCUACAAAGUGAAUAUGGUGGAGAGACUUUGCAAGGACCAGCCUAUGGUCCCACAAGUCAUCCUACAGCAUCUUCUUCAACUCCUUCCUCAUCCUCAGCGUUUCGACAUGUAGUGCCAUCCCGACAAAUAGUGGAAAGACAACCACGGAUGCUUGACUUCAGGGUUGAAUACAGAGACAGAAAUGUGGAUGUAGUACUUGAAGACAGCUGCACAGUUGGAGAGAUCAAACACAUUUUAGAAAAUGAACUUCAGAUUCCUGUAUCGAAAAUGUUGUUAAAAGGCUGGAAGACUGGAGAUGUAGAUGAUAGUACUGUAUUAAAAACUCUACACUUACCAAAAAAUAACAGUCUUUAUGUUCUAACGCCUGAUCUUCCACCACCUUCUUCAAGUAAUUCUGGUGCCCUGCAGGAGUCAUUAAAUCAAAACUUCAUGCUGAUCAUCACCCAUCGAGAAGUCCAGCGGGAGUACAACCUCAACUUCUCAGGAAGCAGUACCAUUCAGGAGGUAAAGCGGAAUGUGUAUGACCUAACUAGUAUCCCUGUUCGUCACCAAUUGUGGGAAGGCUGGCCUCCUUCUGCCACAGACGACUCAAUGACUCUAGCUGCAUCGGGGCUCACUUAUCCUUGCCAUCGACUUACCGUAGGAAGAAGAUCUUCACCUGCACAAACCAGAGAACAGUCAGAGGAGCAAUGCACUGAUGUUCAUAUGGUGAGUGACAGCGAUGGAGAUGACUUUGAAGAUGCUACAGAGUUUGGAGUUGAUGAUGGAGAGAUGUUUGGUAUGGCAUCAUCUGCCUUGAGGAAAUCUCCAAUGAUGCCAGAAAAUGCUGAAAAUGAAGGAGAUGCCUUAUUACAAUUUACAGCAGAAUUUUCCUCAAGAUAUGGUGACUGCCAUCCUGUUUAUUUUAUUGGGUCACUAGAGGCUGCUUUUCAAGAAGCCUUCUAUGGGAAAGCCAGAGAUAGAAAGCUUCUUGCUAUCUACCUCCACCAUGAUGAAAGCGUACUAACCAAUGUGUUCUGCUCACAAAUGCUUUGUGCCGAAUCUAUUGUUUCAUAUCUGAGUCAGAACUUCAUAACCUGGGCAUGGGAUAUGACAAAAGAAGCAAACCGAGCAAGGUUUCUGACAAUGUGCACUAGACACUUUGGGAGUGUUGUAGCCCAAACAAUUCGAACUCAGAAGACGGAUCAGUUUCCACUUUUCCUUAUUAUUAUGGGAAAACGAUCGUCUAAUGAGGUGUUGAAUGUAAUACAAGGUAACACAACAGUGGAUGAACUAAUGAUGAGACUGAUGGCUGCAAUGGAGAUCUUCAGUGCUCAGCAGCAAGAAGACAUAAAGGAUGAGGAUGAACGUGAGGCCAGAGAGAAUGUGAAGAGAGAACAGGACGAAGCUUACCGCAUUUCACUAGAAGCUGAUAGAGCAAAGAGGGAAGCACAAGAGAGAGAACAAGCAGAGCAGUUUCGUUUGGAGCAGAUUCGAAAAGAACAGGAGGAAGAACGUGAGGCUAUCAGGCUAUCUCUAGAGCAGGCUUUGCCUCCAGAGCCAAAGAAAGAGAGCACUGAGUCCGUCAGCAAACUGCGUAUCCGAACACCCAGCGGAGAGUUCUUUGAGCGGCGAUUCCUGGCCAGCAGUAAGCUGCAGGUUGUCUUUGAUUUUGUAGCUUCCAAGGGAUACCCUUGGGGAGAGUUCAAGCUGCUGGGCACCUUUCCAAGGAGAGAUGUGACUCAGUUGGAUCCAAAUAAAUCAUUACUGGAGGUAAAACUGUAUCCUCAAGAAACCCUUUUCCUAGAGGCAAAAGAAUAGAUCAAAACAGAUUGCAGGACUCGUAAUCCUUUGAUAAGACAGAGGCACAGCGUUGGGAGAAAGGCUUCUAGCAAAACCACCUUCUACUAUCAUCCAAUUCAAUGCAGUGUCACAACU